AUGUGGGAGAUAUACGGCCAUGGUCCGGUCGUAGAUUCCGUUUUGUCAGUGGUAUUCAUAAUAAAUGUUGUUUUUGUCAAGGCUUUAGAAUGUCAAGAAAAGGCUCCAAGUGAAGAAGGUCUGGGAUACAAAGUUGUUUUGAAACUAACUAAAAAUGUACCUGCUGGCUCUUUAGUUGUGUUUGAUAACUUCUUCACUAGCAUUCCCCUAAUAGAGAUCUUAUAUGAAAGAAAUAUUUACAGUGUUGGCACAGUGCGAUUGACAAGGAAAGGAAUGCCAGAAGAAUCCACUUCAAAAAAAUCUGGGUACAGUGAAGAGAUGAAAAUGAAGAAAAAAGAACAGAUGAAGCUUGCGGUUAAACUAUAG